CGGCUGCGAUCCGGUGGGGUCGGUGUAAUCCGUACGACGGCAGGCUUUUGAGGUCACCAGUGUAUCCAGUGCGAGACAAUCUUCUGGGGCAAUCCCAACGUGCAGUGGCGCAGUGCAACCGUAAGUAGUUGUAAUCAAAUCGUACAGGAACCAUCUACAAACAGCUUAACCUUUCAGCUUGCGACUGUAACGUUUACGGCGCGGCCACUCGGCAGUGCAACCGCGAAACCGGCCAGUUCAUCUGUAACCGCGGUAUCGGAGGCUACAAGUGCGACCAAUGCGCGCGUGGAUACCUUGGCGACGCUCCGUACUGUGAACCGUGCGGCGAGUGCUUCGACAACUGGGCGAUCAUACUGGACAAACUGCGGGAGGAAACGAACCGAACGAUCGAGAAAGCGAAGACGAUCAAGACGCUGCUACCGGAGCGUACAAGAAGGAGUUCGACUCGAUGAGCAAGAAGAUCGAGGUUAUCCAAGGACUGCUAAUGAACACGAUCUCCGAUCGGGAGAUCGAGGCGAUCAACGCAAACAUCGCGGACGUGAAUCUGAGCGAGUCGGCGAAGGCCGUUGAGGCGUCCGAGAAGCAACUGCAGGAAACCAGUGCGAACAUCAAGUUAGCAACAUCGACGUCGAUGAGCAACACCGAGGGUACGCUGAACCCGACGCGUGACGCCUGGAAUCGCGUCACCCAGCUGGGCGAGACAACCAUGGCGAUCCAGGAGCUGAACGACAACGCCGAGCGGCAGUGCAAGUGA